AUGUAUUAUCUGCUCAAUUGGCAAAUGCUUGUAAAAAAGGAUAGGAAGCUGAGUAAGGUUGGGUCUGCAAGGUCGUCAGAAAGGUUUCUCGCCCCCAUUUCCGCAUCAUGGUUUUUCCGCAAUACGUUCGAGCUUCCGAGCACUGCGAUGUUGGGUAUGCAUCCUCAAGAAAUAGUAUACCACCGCCCGGAGCAAUUGGAGGUCAUCGAAACAAGUUGGCGAAUGUGGGUCAGCGAUUAUGUUAGAGAAGAGAACAAAGUAAGGCAUGAAUGGAUAGUAGAGGAGUUGCCUAUGAUGUGUUAA